ACAGCGAGCCAUAUCGCAUUUUUUCGCCUCCCCCCGUAAACACUUGUGUGCAUCGCAGUUUUGGCGUCUUCGCGUGCCCCAGUGGAGCCCCACAGUCCCAGUUGAGCAGCAGCGGCGGCGCCGAGGAUGUAUCAUGGCAAGGAGUGCGGCUAUUGCGCUGAGAAGGACGCCGAAAUAGCCAAGCUGAAGGCGGAGUUGGCCCAAACAACGCUCGAGCUGAACCACUUUCGAUCAUUCCUGGGGCAGCAGGUGACAUUCAGCCACGGCAAGAAUGAUGCCAUUAUCGAGUUCAUCGAUGUGCCCGUGCAGAAUGCGGAACCCGAGGCGGUCCAGGUGAAAUCCAGGAGCAUGUCGCCGGCGUUGGGCAACGUGGGGGCUCCGCGCGACGUGGCGCCGAUGCCGGAGGAGAUGAACUACGCGGCCAAGGGUGGUGAGAUCGCCUUUGGGCACGUGGACGGCCUGGACGUGGCCCAGGCGGAGAUCCUCGAGAUCAUGUGUGGCAUCUGCAGGGACAUUUUCUCCGAUCCGGAGUCCUUCAAUGCGCACUUCGUGAACCACAGCAGCGCCGAGGCGGCGCCCACCACCGACGGGGACAUCAUCAGGGCGUCGCUCAGCGACUUCACGUGUCCCAACUGCCAGCAGCGCUUCGAGCUGGCCACGGGGCUGAAGGAGCACAUGCUGGUGUGCAAGGCGCGCUGCGAGUGCCUCAUCUGCGGCGAGACGUUCGCCGAGAGGCAGUCCUUCCGCGAGCACCUGCAGAAGCACCCGGGCAUGAAGAUCUACGAGUGCGAGCUGUGCUGCAAGGCGUUCGGCGACACGGCCAGCUACAAUCGUCACAUCGUGGAGCUGCACGCCGACCGGGCGUCCACGAUCUGCGACGUGUGCGGCAAGAACGUGAGCCUGCAGGCGUACGCGGCCCACCGGAAGCAGCACGCGAGCGAGGAGUGGAAGUGCAAGGUGUGCCCCAAGAGCUUCCCGUCCCUGCAGGAGUACAACCAGCACAUGAAGGUGAGCCACGUGAAUGGGGAGAAGCCGGGCGCGCUGGAGUGCAGCGUGUGCAAGAAGGUGUUCAGCGCGCAGAACCAACUCACGAAGCACAUGCAGAUCCACUCGGCGGACAAGAAGUUCCAGUGCGAUCUCUGCGGCAAGAACUUCGCCCUCAAUGGCUACUUAAAGAAGCACCUGAAGAAGGUGCACGGCACUGUGUCGGCCUAGGCGCGCGCCG